CGUUCGAAGGACAACCUCCAAGUCCACAAAAUCAAGCGGAUGGACAGAAUGCUCAAUUCCAAAUACCGCAAUUGCCUUUGCCAAACACCCCUCCCCAGGCUGGAGCGGCACCAACUUCGCCAUUCAUACAAUUUAUGGUCUAUACAGUACCCGGUGCAAAUACUGAUGAUAACCUGCCAACACCAAUAAUAAUAUUCACUCAACCUUUAUUCCCAAUGGAACAACCACAAAAACCGCGGGCAUCAGAAAGUGCAAUGAAAGCACUCCCGAUUGUGAAAAUAAUUGAUGAACAUAUCAAGUCUCACGCUACGUGUCCGAUAUGUCUUGACCAGUUUACGGUCGAAUCGGUAGUAAGACAGCUACCAUGCUCGCAUAUGUACUGCGAAGGAUGUGUAUUUGAAUGGCUAAGGUCUCAUUCUGACUCUACGAGCUGUGCGUUUGCAAGCAUUGGUUGCUGUGGCGAAACGGACACUGAUGCAUGUACUUCGACUGUAACAUUACCGCAAUGUCAUCACCAAUUCCACGCAUCAUGUUUGAGGACGAAUCUACUAGUGGAGGGAUAUUUAUUAGAUUCGUCGAGCCUGGAUUUCCGAUGCCCCAUGUGCAGAACUAACGCUUCGGUACAGACUGAGGCAUUGAAGUUGAAUAGCGCGAUGUGA